CAAGGUCAAACGUCCUCCGCUUCCGGCUCUCUUGUGCUCAAGGAAAAGGAAACUGGACAGUGUGUUCUAGUGGAGCGCCUGAGAGGUGCUUGAAAACUGAACAGGAGGAGCCUCAGGCGUUGGUCCCCUGUUGUGACCACAAGCCUCUUAAGUUUGGCAUAUGUCAUCACCAGGAUGGGGCAGAAUUUCUUCAAAAAUAUUAUUCCAGUGGCAAAAAAUGUCUUACCUUGUUCCGUGGCGGCUCCGCUCAGGUCUUUUAUCCCUCAGGCCACUUGGCUCUUGUUGUUGUCACUGAAGAGAAUGGAAGUGUCUGCAUCGUGUAUGAUGACAGCAAGGCCCCCAAUCCAGCGAUGAGAGCCGUGUUCCAGUCUGAUGGCAGGGCUGCAUGUUACCACAGCAAUGGAAACAUAUGGCUGUCCUUAAACACAUCAGGGGGUCAGUGUUUGGACGAGGCAGGUGCCAGAGUUUGUCGGUGGAGGUGGGACGGUCCCCUGCACCCCGUCUUCUUAUCCCUCAACAAAGCUGUUGGGGUCCGAGUCAUCGGGAGGAAACAAGUGUUUGUUUCCUUCCUGGCUCAAGGACAACAUGCAAAGUUCAGCGUGGGCACCUUCUGUGCUCAGGGUGAAUCUGACACAGACGGCCCUGCUUCAGGACCGUCAGCAACUAAGGAAGAGCUCAUAGCAUUGGCAGCCAGGGACAGGACCCUCCUGGCCAUUCAGAAUCUUCAUCAGUGCCUGAUGAAGCAUUGCCAGACCCAGCUGCCCAAGACCACAUAGGUCACUCACCUCCACGUUGUUGCCCAAAGGCUACUGUCUUCAGGGAUGUCUGUAACUCUAUUACCUGUCUAGAAGAUACAUCCAAAGCUUACAAUGCUGGAUUUCCUGUAGCACUGUAACCUCAGUCUGUUUUGUCUCAUCUAAUCAUUUCAGUGCAGAGCCUCAGGUCAUGCUAAUGACAUUAAGUUGAGCUAAAAGAUGUGCACUCAUGACCUGGAACAGAUUUUUCUGCUGUUAUCUCUAAGCCAUUCAGCAGAUUUUCUCUAUUUAUUCCCGGGUUUCAUUUAUUAAAAGUGAGUAGUCAUAAUAUUAUAAAUCCACUUCAAU